UGUAUAAAUGUCAAAUUAACAUCAUGUUUCAUGAAUAAAAAUAAUUUCAAUAAAAAAAAACCCAUGAAUACAACAUCAACUUCGACUUUAACACCACUUGAAAAGUCCAUCCAUAAAACAAACAACCUCAAACUCAAAGUGUUUGCAUCAUUAUCAAAUUUAAGAAUCUAGACCACUUUGACUUUUCUUUUAUUGGUUUCCUUGUUCAACUUUUGUUCCUUUGUCUUUGGUUUUUUCUCUCCAUUACUUAUCCCUCAUCAUAUAGUUGAAACGUUCAAUUCACAACACUUCAAUUAUACUAUUCUAAUUUUCAACACCACCAAUCAAAUAAUAAAUUAAUAAAUACUAGUAUCCACUUGUUCACUAUAUAUAUUCACAUUUAAAUUCAUUCACCUCUUAUAUGAUCACCAACCAUGGCCGUCCAAAAAAUCAUAAUCACACCAAUUUUGGUUUUUCUAAUGACCAUUUUCUUCAAUGCAUCAUCUUCAUCCUCUUCAAAGAAUUCACAAUAUCCAUUUUUAAACCAUGGUGUUAGAUCAGCUUAUUGGCCUGCAGGUGGUGAUUUUUUACCUUCUUCAAUUAAUACAAACUACUUCACUCACAUUUUCUAUGCCUUCAUUCAACCCGACCCAAUUUCGUUCAACCUUAUAAUCACAAAAUCUGACCAAAAAUGGGCCCACAAUUUCACCAAUGAGCUCAGACACCGUUAUCCGCCGGUGAAAACUCUUUUUUCCAUCGGAGGUGGUACCAGCAAUUCAACACUCUUCUCUGAAAUCGCUAGCACAAAACAAAACAGAGAAAUCUUCAUAAAUUCGACAAUUCACGUGGCACGAAAAUAUGGGUUUGAUGGUGUUGACUUGGAUUGGGAAUUUCCUCAAACUGAAAAGGAUAUGUUUAACCUCGGAUUGCUAUAUGAGGAAUGGUAUAAUGCUUUGUUUGCCGAAGCUAUAGUUGGGAGAAAACCACGUUUGCUUUUGACUUCUGCGGUUUAUUAUAAUUCCACAAUAAGGUUGACUGGUAAAGGGUCGCGAUCUUAUCCGGCCCAUGCUAUCAAUAAAUACUUGGAUUGGGCCAGUCCAAUGUGUUUCGAUUAUCACGGCUCGUGGGCUAAUAAUACAGGCUUUAAUGCUGCUUUAUAUGACCCAGAGUCCGAAAUUAGUACAAAUUUUGGAAUUAGGUCAUGGAUCAAAUCAGGUGUACGACCCGAAAAGUUGGUUAUGGGCUUGGCUUUAUACGGGAGGACGUGGGAGCUGAAGGAUCCGAGUGUUCACCGGGUCGGAGCCGAUGCGGUGGGACCCGCAACCGACACAGAUGGUAGUAUGAAUUAUAAUGAAAUCUUGAAGUUUAAUAAAGAUAGUGGUGCUAAUGUUGUGUAUGAUAAGGUUGCUGUGUCUUUUUAUUCUUAUGCGGGUACUACUUGGAUUGGGUAUGAUGAUGUUCCAUCUAUAACUACUAAGGUUAGGUUUGCUAAGUCAUUGGGCUUAAAGGGCUAUUUCUUUUGGGCUCUUGGGAAGGACAAGGAUUGGACCAUCUCAAGACAAGCUUCAAAUACAUGGGGACACUGACGGCUAUAUCGAGUUUAAUUUCGUGUAAUUCUUUUUUGUGAUAAAAAGUUUCAUGUAAUUCUAGUCUUCUAGUGCUUUAUUAUAAAAUUAUAAUUGAAUUUAUGCAGGUAUGAUCAUAUUCAUGAAUUUAAAUAGUAUUACUAUUAGUUGCAUAUUCUUGAAUUUAAAUUAUAAUUGAUAUGAUGUUUAAUUUCACUCGUGUGGUUGUUUAAUGUAAAUAUGUAAUGAUGUUUAGGACUCUUCUCAA